UGGUCGAUUAAUAAGGACAUUAGCAGAUGUCCAGUAUGGGAACCAUCACCUGACUACAGUGGAAAUCAUUUACAAUGUUAUCUCCUUUAUUGUUGCAAUCAUCACCACAAUUGCUUUUACUGUUUAUGCAAAGAGAACACUGAAAGAACUUGAAAGAACAAAGACUGGUGAUGAAGGCUCUGCCCAUGACAAUAGCAACUGCGAGAUGGAGAAGCUUCCGCUUGAAAGACCCAAGCAUCGGGGUGUUUCGUCAUCCUUGUCAUAG